GCCACUCCAGCCCCUAAAAGAAAAGUGUAAUUUGAAGAAAAGAGAACAAAGAAAUCAGAGAGUAUAAAAUCCCUUGGCUAGUCUGCGCUUGGUCACAGCUAAAGCUCGACAGACAGGCGCGCGCCCUCUCUCCUCCUUCUCUCGCGCUCGUUUAGUAAAGUGCCCCGCGCGCAGGUGGUGCGUGCGGCUUUGAAGCAGAGCAGGAUGAUGCGAUCUGCACAGCUUCUCUCUGCAGUCUUAUACUGCAUAGUGUGCAUUCAUUCUCUACCGGUUCCAGACGGAAACAGCUACAGGUACAGCAAACCUGCUGUGGACUGGCCUCAAAAGACCCAUCACCAUGGCCUCAAAAACAGGGGCCAACUUCAUCAUGUUCAGGAUACUCUGAGUGAAGACUCUGGCAAUAAGAGAGUGCACCCAAACUCGGCUCUUCCCAAGAAUCAAACUGAGAUCUGGAACAGGCCCCGCUGUGGAGUCCCAGACUACCCCUCAGAGAAGGGAGGGAACGCCCUUCAUUACUCAUCCCACAAAGUAGGUCUGCUCGGGGGCCGUCAUCGCCAGAAACGCUUUGAUUUGUUCGGAGGACGCUGGGACAAAACAGACCUCACGUACAAGAUCAUGCGGACCCCUUGGCAGAUGAGUUUAGAGAAAGUCAGACAUGUGCUGCAGAGGGCACUGCAGGCCUGGAGUGACGUUGCCCCUCUCACCUUUACUGAGGUCACCAGCGGCCGGGCGGAUAUCACGAUCGACUUUAACAGGUACUGGCAUGGAGACAAUCUACCCUUUGAUGGCCCAGGAGGAAUUCUGGCUCAUGCCUUCUUUCCCCGAACAUACCGGGAGGGAGACAUUCACUUUGACUAUGAUGAGUCUUGGACAGUGGGCAACAGUAUGGGUACUGACCUCCUCCAGGUGGCUGCUCAUGAGAUUGGUCAUGUUUUAGGAUUGCAACACUCCAUGGAACCAGGCGCAGUGAUGGCGCCUUUCUACACCUUCUCCUACCCGCUCCAACUGAGUGAAGAUGACAAAAGAGGCAUACAGUCCCUCUAUGGAUCCAAACAUUCAGAUGAUAGAAGGAAGAAGGAAGAGAGACCUCCCAAACUCCCAGAGACCAAUGAGGUCGAAAGUACAGUGCCUGAUGCUUGCCAGACUGACUUCGAUGCUGUAUCCAUGAUACGAGGCGAGCUGUUUUUCUUUAAGUCGAGUUAUGUGUGGCGGAUCCGUAAUGGUAAACUCCAGGCUGGAUAUCCAGCACUGGCAUCCAGGCACUGGAGAGGAAUCCCAGGAAAAAUUGAUGCUGCUUUUGAGGACAAGUCUGGAAAUAUCUGGUUUUUCCAAGGCUCGAGUUACUGGGUGUUUGAUGCAGAACGGCAGAUCACAGGGCCGGACUCUGUACGCCGACUGGGUCUAGCAGUGAACGACAUCCAGGCAGCCCUUAUGUGGGGAGAAGAGAAGGCCCAGAAGAUCUACUUCUUCAAGAAAGGAAGCUAUUGGCGAUUCAACCUGAAGGAAAACCGUGUCGACAGCAUCCACCCUCGCAGCAUGAGUGACUGGAGAGGCAUACCGGGUGACAUUGACGCUGCUUUCCAGGACCGAUUCGGCUUCGCCCACUUCUUGAGAGGGAAGCAGUACUGGAAGUUUGACCCAGUGGAAGUGAGGGUGCUGGAGGGAUACCCACGAUAUAUUGGCAUGGAUUUCUUCGGUUGUUCUGCAGCCCUGUAUCGAUGAAUCAUGGGCAAAUUCAUUGAUAAUUCAUUCAUCUUUUUCACACACCUAGUUCAACUUGUACCAAAGUCCCUUUCAAGGAAAGUCUGUUCACUCGGCGGCCAUAUUUGCAACGCCUCCCGGCAACUAUUUUGGGCAUCUAAGACCAAGUCCUAUCUAUUUGAAUGGGGGAAUCCUGAAAUCUCAAAAUUUGGCUCACUUUUUGGCGCUUUUCCACUGCAUAGGAUGGCUCGGUAUGGAACGGUACAGCUCGCUUAAAUAGUACCACCUCGGUUGAGGUUCCAAGCGAGUCGUACCGAUACUAAAGGUGACGUGUAAACACUGCAGAUCACUGAUUGGUCAGAGAGUCAUUGGAUUUGAAACGCGAGACACCAAACAUGCUAGAUUUAAAUAGUCAGUAACAGCCACCGCAAUAUCAUUUGUUCGCGAAACAACUUUCUUUAAACGACCGUCGCACGCAACUUGAAAAAAGAAAUGGCUGUAUCGUGGUCAGAUGAGGUGCAGACUCGUUGGUAGAAGAGGAGCGGAUCCACGGCAGUAGACGCAGCGCAAAUAUAACAAUCAGUCUAUAAUCCCACCCACUUUGAAGCGGUACUAAACUGCAGUGGAAAAGAAAACCGAAAGUAAAGCGAGCCGAGCCGUUCCGUUCCGUUUCCACGCAGUGGAAAAACACUAUAUGGGAAUCAGUCUUCUAAUGUCAGCUGCAGUGACGCAAUGACUGUACCAAUCAGCGAUUGGCUCUUUUACUUAGAAGGCGGGACGUAUACCGCCAUAUUGCGCAUUGCAGUUUCUCCCAUUCAUAACUAAUAGGAGUGAACCGUCUUUCUAUAUCUAUAGUCUUUGCUUGUAGCCUACAGACAGUUUUAAACCAAUAAAUCUCUAGUUAUUCGAGCAGGGUUCUUUUAAAUAUCAGGUAAAGUGUCAGAUAUGCGGUCUCCAUAUCUGACCACUGGAUUAAACCCUUUUCUGUGGUUUCAAGCAGAUACUGUGUAUCUACUCAGUCUGUGACUCAAGAUGCUACAUCUGCACCACUUAACCAUAUACUGAAAAUGACUGGUGCUUCUCAUCUACAACACAUUGACUCUCAGCUCUCAGGAAAAACAGGAAAUUCUGGCCUUAAAAUAAUUUUCGUACGUAUUGUGUACUUGAUUAUUUAUUAUUUGUAUUUUUUUGGCAGUAUCGAUAGUGUUAGGAAAACAGCCAUUUUUGGAGCAAAAUACCAUAUUGUGCCAUUAGAUAAAUUAUUUUACAAAAUUAAAGAUUUUAAUAGAUUAAAAAAAAACAAAAAAAAAACAGUGACAUGCUGUUGAUUACCACAAAAGAUCAUUUUGAGCUUAAAAACAAGCAUAAACUGCAUUAACUGUAAUGCACUUACAAUGGAAGUCUAUGUAUGAGGCAAGUAAUUCCUAAGGGUUUAAUUGUCCUUUUAGUCAUGAGAAUGUGUGGAAGAACUGGUAAUAGACAGCGCGUCACAGGUGCUGUUGCUAGAACGUGUAUCAAAUUUGGAAGAUUCCUUUUAAUGCCCUAAAUAUUUCAAAAUAAAUGUGCACAUAUCUUCUUACAUUAACAGUUUAAGUUCAGAGGCACUUUUAUGCCUCUGAAAAUGUAGUAACCAACGUUUACUGGACUUUACUGUACUAGAGCUAGGUGGACAUGUUUGUAUUUUGUUUGAUGAAGCAUUGAAGGGCCUGAACUAUGCAGAGUAGACCCAUGACUGAUGCUGCACAUUCAGCAUUUAGGGUUGUUCACACUGCAGCGAUUUAAUUCAUUUUCAGUGAGAAAUGGAAAUUUGACAAUGGUUGUUGGUGUGAAUGCCCAGGUCUGUAUUAGACUUAUGAAGACGUGUUCUUCAGUAGUGAUAAUGUAUGUUACAGUGCAGGUCACUGGUGCACGUGUUGUGUAAUUGCAAUCAAACUUUUUUGCAUAGUGGGGCUACUGAGGUAUAUAGUCCUCAUGGCCUGGGGUAAUGAUGGCUUUUGAUCUAAGGAAACUGUACACUUCUCAUUCACUGUUAUUAUAAUUUUUGACAUGUAAUCAAUUCUUUUUCUUGUUAUUGUUUUUAAUGAUCCAUUUACUGUGUAAAUAUUUUGUAAAAAGAAUUGUAUUAUAUUUUCAGCUUCAAUAAAAGCCUCUUUGUUUAUUGUAUUCUAA